AUGGGGAACGCCUACUGUGUGUUUUGCGGGUGCAUAGACCAAGCCAGCGUAGGUGUGAUCGAGAAGUGGGGGCGCUUCGACCGCCUCGCUCAGCCGGGCUUCCAACUCUUCAACCCCUUCGCCGGCGAAUGCCUCGCCGGAAUCCUGUCCACGAGAAUAAACUCCCUCGACGUCAAAAUCGAGACUAAAACUAAGGACAAUGUUUUCGUUCAGAUUCAUUGUUCGAUUCAGUAUAGAGUGAUCAAGGAAAAUGCUGAUGAUGCCUUUUAUGAAUUACAAAAUCCUCGAGAGCAGAUUCAGUCAUAUGUUUAUGAUGUGGUCCGAGCCCAUGUUCCUAAAAUGACUUUGGAUGAGCUGUUUGAACAAAAAAAUGAUGUGGCUCAAGCUGUAUUGGAGGAACUGGAGAAGGUGAUGGGAGCAUAUGGUUACAACAUUGAGCACAUAUUGAUGGUGGAUAUCGUCCCUGAUCCUGCUGUUAGGAAAGCAAUGAAUGAGAUAAAUGCAGCUCAAAGAAUGCAGCUUGCCAGUGUAUACAAAGGCGAAGCUGAGAAGAUUCUCCAGGUGAAGAAAGCAGAAGCAGAUGCCGAGGCCAAAUAUCUCGGCGGGGUUGGGGUGGCCAGGCAGAGGCAAGCGAUUACAGACGGGCUUCGCGAGAAUAUUCUGAAUUUCUCACACAAAGUGGAGGGCACCUCGGCAAAAGAGGUUAUGGACCUUAUAAUGAUCACACAGUAUUUUGACACGAUUAAGGACCUUGGGAAUGGUUCGAAGAACACCACGGUUUUCAUACCUCAUGGGCCGGGCCACGUUAGGGAUAUUGGAGAGCAGAUACGUAAUGGGCUUAUGGAGGCAUCGUCAGCACACGUCAGUGCCGACCUAAACUAA